ACGAUUACUUCUGGACUUAUUUUUUCUUAUUUUUAUAUGAUCCAGUGCAUGUAUGCUUGACUCUUACAGUACAUUGAAAAGUCCUCUUCAGAGAGGCUAUCAAGGUUUAAGGCAAUCAAGGAGAAGAUAGCAAGUUCAUUACAGAGAAAGAAGAUGGCUGCUGCUGUUUCUGAUAUUUUGAGGAUGACCUUUAGCUUACUUUUGCUUAUGCUACUAACUUUUUGCAUGAAAGCAAUAAAACUGGAGGCACAAGCUGGGCUUCUUGCUUCUGAUGAAGUGGAUGCUUUACUUGAAAUAGCAACACAAGUAGGGAAGAGGGACUGGAAUAAUAAUGUGGAUCCAUGCAGUAAUGAGACAAGCUGGGUAACACCAACUUCAUCUCAAAGGCCAAUGUUUGAUAAUAAAGUUGUUUGCGAUUGCUCAUUUCCUGGGGGUGUGUGCCACAUUGUCGCCAUAUUUCUCAAAGGGCAAGAUCUUGCCGGUAGUCUCCCAAAAUCUAUUGUGAAAUUACCUUACCUUAAGAAUCUUGAUCUGUGGGCCAACUACCUGAGUGGUACCAUACCACAGGAAUGGGCUAGUACGAAGUUGGAAAUAUUGUCUGUUGCCGUGAACCACUUAACUGGACCAAUUCCUAGUUACCUGGGAAGGAUUACCACACUUAGAUACUUGAACAUUCAGAACAAUAUGUUUUCAGGAACAGUUCCCCCUGAACUUGGAAACUUGACUAACCUGGAGAAUAUCACUCUUAGUGCCAACAAUCUCACUGGAGAGCUACCCCUGGCCCUUGCUAAUUUGACCAAAUUAAAGGAACUUAGGCUUAGCAGUAAUAACUUCAUUGGAAGAAUACCUGAUUUUAUUCAAAGCUGGAAACAACUUGAUAAAUUAGAGAUCCAAGCUGGUGGUUUCUCAGGACCGAUUCCUUCAAGCAUUUCUCUCUUGACUGGUAUAACUGAACUAAGAAUCAGUAACUUGCUUGGAGAUGGUUCAGAGUUUCCAAACAUAGAACCUAUGGAAGGCAUGACCUAUUUGAUGUUAAGCAACUGCAACUUGUCAGGAUCUUUUCCCCCAUACUUGACAACAAUGACACGACUGAAAGCUUUGGAUCUCAGUUUCAACAGAUUGAAAGGUGAUCUUCCAACAAAUUAUGAUUCCCUAGUAAGCUUGGAGAAAAUGUAUCUUACAAGGAACAUGCUUUCUGGAUCCAUCCCAACCUGGAUUGAGAGCAGAAAUACUCGCUAUGAAUUCGAUCUAUCUUACAACAAUUUCACUGAAAUCCCUUCGCCAGCUAAUUGUAAAGAAACACUGAAUUUGUUCAAAAGUUCUUGGGGAGGGAACUACUCGAAACCUGUUGAAUGCCUGACUGAUUAUUGUUCAAAAGACCAAUACUCGGUGCACAUAAAUUGUGGUGGACCAGAAACCACCAUCGGAAAUACCAUCUAUGAAGCAGAUGAUGAGCCUGGAGGUGCAACAAAAUAUGUACCAAAAAGAGAAGUUUGGCAAUUAAGUACCACAGGACAUGUCUGGGAUGUUCGUCCUACUGCAGAUGACUACAUGGCACAAAAUAAGUCCAUACUCAGAAUGAGCAACUCUCAACUGUACACAAAUGCACGCCUCACUCCUUUGUCUCUCACAUACCACGUGCGCUGUCUAGUAAAUGGGAAUUACACUGUGAAGCUUCACUUUGCAGAAAUAGUAAUGAGGGACAACAAAUCCUUCUAUAGUCUUGGAAGAAGGAUAUUUGACGUUUAUAUUCAGGACAUAGUUGUGUUAAAGGAUUUUGAUAUUGUAAAGGCAGCACAAGGGGUAGAUAAGGUAUACAUACAUAAUUCUACAGCAUUAGUUACGGAUAGAGCUUUAGAGAUCCGCCUUCACUGGGCUGGGAAAGGGACAACAACAUCACCAAAAAUUGGAAUAUAUGGUCCUUUAAUAUCAGCCAUUGAUAUAGAAUCUCAAUUCAAGCCUCCUAAUAAAGGCAAGAGGAAGAGACUCAUUGUUGCUGGUGCUGUGGUUUUGCCAUUGUUCUUCAUUUUCGUGCUUCUAUUUACUCUUUGGUGGAAAGGUUAUCUUGGAGGAAAGAAAUCAAGGGAUCCGGAACUAGUUGGGUUAGAUCUGGUAACUGGUAUCUUCACCUUUAGACAAAUCAAAGCUGCAACAAAUGACUUUGACCCAGAAAACAAACUUGGAGAAGGUGGUUUUGGAAGUGUCUACAAAGGAGUGCUAUCAGAUGGUACUAUAAUUGCAGUUAAGCAGCUUUCGGCCAAAUCAAAGCAGGGAAAUCGUGAAUUUGUGAAUGAAAUAGGAAUGAUUUCUGCUUUGCAACACCCAAAUCUUGUUAGAUUGUAUGGAUGCUGCAUUGAGGGGAAGCAAUUGUUACUGGUAUAUGAAUACAUGGAAAACAAUAGCCUUGCACAUGUUUUGUACGGCAAAAAGGAAGACCAGAGAAAGCUAGACUGGCAUACUAGGCAGAGGAUUUGUGUUGGUAUAGCAAAAGGUCUAGCUUUCCUGCAUGAGGAAUCCACUCUAAAAAUUGUUCAUAGAGACAUAAAAGCUACAAAUGUCCUCCUUGAUGGGGAUAUGAAUGCCAAAAUUUCUGAUUUUGGCAUGGCAAAGCUUGACGAGGAGGACAAUACCCAUAUCACCACCAGAGUUGCUGGAACUAUGGGAUACAUGGCACCAGAAUAUGCAUUAUAUGGUUACUUGACCUAUAAGGCAGAUGUUUACAGUUUUGGUGUUGUUGCAUUGGAAAUUGUUGCUGGGAUGAACAACAUGAGAUUUCGACAUGAUGAAGAUUUUGUAUGCCUCCUAGAUUGGGCUCUGAAUUUACAACAAAAUGGAGACAUAAUGGAGUUGGUUGAUCCAAAAUUAGGGUCCGGAUUCGACAAGAAAGAGGCUGUUAGAAUGAUUCAAGUAGCACUGCUAUGCACAAACCAAUCUCCAGCACUUAGGCCUAAAAUGUCUGCAGUAGUAAAAAUGCUUGAAGGAAAGGGUGAUGUUCAGGAAUUAGUCAUGGAUCCAAGUACAUUCGGUGAUCCAUCGAGGUUCAAGGGUUAUAAACACAAGCCUGAUCAAUCUUCAUUCAGGAACAUCAGUGAAAGUCAGUCCCUCGUGCGUUCGUCAGAUGGACCAUGGAUUGAUUCUUCAUCUACAUCAGCCCAGGAUCAUUAUCUUGAAUAAUCAAUAAUGAUUCUAGCAUGUAAUGAUAUGCUUAUAAAAUAACUUGGUCAAAGUUGCAAUCUUACAACAGAAGCUAAUUUCACUUUGUAUAGAAUUAAACUAGAUGCCAUGCCCGCGUGGGCUUGUGGCAUGCUUGCUUGUGUAUUGUUAUAGGUUUGUGGAAAAAAUAAAAAACAAUUAUAUAGAGAAAAA